GACAUGAUUCAUUCACCAGCUCUACUUUUACCACAUAAGGCGGCACGAGCGGCCCCCACAGCGGGCGGGACCAAAGGAAAAGUUCCGGGGGGUUGUGAUUACUCAUGAUUGGUUGCUCUGCUCUGUGACUGACAGGUCCCUCUCCCCGACUCUCCUCUAAGCUCGGUUGUUGACACUCUCCAAAACUCCGCAAGGCACCUACGGAUAACGGAGACACCAUUACAGCUCGCCCCAGGCCCUUCUGUCUCGUCAGCUGCUCCGUGCAAGCACGGAGAAACUACCCUGCCCUUGGCGCGGGAUUGCCAGCGUGGAUCACCUUUUUUUUUGCGACUUCCUCGGUUUUGAACUUUUCUUGCUCCCGGCCUGCAAGCUCGUGAGCGAUCUCCUUCGUCUCCUUCCUCUGUCCCGAGACGCGGAGAAAUGGCAGAGAAGCGCAGGUCCCCGUGCGCGCUGAGCGUCAAGGCGCAUGCAUUCUCAGUAGAAGCGUUGAUCGGCGCGGAAAAACGCCGCAGGACGAGCGGGGAGGAGGUCGUGUCCCCCGGCUUCGAGGACGAAACAGAUGUGUCUGAUGUAACCGAGAGUCCGGGACUACGGGCGGACAGAGGGUGUACCGGCGACCGGGGCAGUGAAGUUGAAUGUGGAAGUGGCGGAUCCCCAGAGAGCGACGACGCGCUGCUGGAGAGCCCGCAGCCCGCAGCUCUGUGCACGGCGCCGGUAACCGGGACCGGAGAGGAGACCCGCGUGGACCUGCAGGGAUCAGACCUGUGGAAAAGGUUCCACGAGAUUGGCACGGAGAUGAUCAUCACCAAGGCCGGACGCCGGAUGUUCCCCGCUAUGCGUGUGAAGAUUACGGGUUUGGAUCCACAUCAGCAGUAUUACAUCGCCAUGGAUAUAAUCCCCGUGGACAAUAAACGAUAUAGGUACGUGUAUCACAGCUCCAAGUGGAUGGUAGCGGGGAAUGCCGACUCCCCUGUGCCUCCCAGAGUAUACAUCCAUCCGGACUCCCCGGCCUCAGGAGAGACGUGGAUGCGUCAGGUGAUCAGCUUCGACAAACUCAAACUGACCAACAACGAGCUGGAUGACCAAGGACAUAUCAUUCUGCACUCCAUGCACAAAUACCAGCCGCGGGUCCAUGUAAUCCGUAAGGAGUGUGGAGAAGAGUUAUCCCCAGUGAGGACCAUCCCCGCAGGGGAAGGCACGCGCACCUUCUCGUUCCCGGAGACCGUGUUUACCACUGUCACGGCGUAUCAGAACCAACAGAUUACAAGGCUGAAAAUUGACAGAAACCCAUUUGCCAAAGGCUUCAGAGACUCUGGCAGAAACCGGAUGGGUUUGGAGGCUUUGGUUGAGUCUUAUGCAUUCUGGCGUCCAUCCCUCCGAACACUCACAUUUGAGGACAUCCCUGGCAUGACCAAGCAAGGAGUCCCAGGAACUCAUGCAGCGGUUGGAGCAUCGCCUCACCUGCUCUCCACAUCCCCGUGCUCAUCUCCUUUCCAAGUUUGCCCUCUCAGCCCACCGGACUACACCUGUAGCCGGCCGGCACACCCCCUCCACCGUUACAGUAACGCCCCAGAGCCAUUCCCCCCACCCAGAGGUCCAUCUGCGUAUGAAGCCGAAGGAUUCUGCUCCCUGCCUCUCCCUGCCUCUCAGCUCGGCUAUCUCUCCAACCCCACCUCACAGGGCUAUGCCGGCCUUCGCCUCCACACGCCGCCCUACAGCCUGUAUGGUUACACAUUUCCCUCUUCGCCGCGCCUCGCUGCAAGUCCUGAUAAAAUGGCUGCCACCGCCACAGCCAAUCACCAGAGUGCCUUCCUUGGCUCGUCGCCCAGUGGGACUUUAACGGACAGUCUGGGUGUGCUCGGCGGAGGACAGCAAGGCUUCUUGUUCGAUUCUCGGACUUUGGGACUGGCAGGGAGCCAGUCGGGAGGCGGGGCCUCGCAGGUCACUGCUCACAUGGGCUGACUUUGACUCUGGGUUGUCACAAACACACAGUGACACCCUGGAUUGGGUGUGUGCUGCUUUUGUUCCCGAACACUCUCUGAGUUAACGAUCAAGCAUCACGCUGAAGACAGAAAGAAGUGACAGAGCAGGCUUUUUUUUUGCCUCUGUGAAUAUAUGAGCUUGUUAAAGCUUUACCUGAAGGAAAUAAUUUUUACUUUUGUUUUCACGCACGAUUUCUAUGACAUGUCUGUGGACCUGCAGUGGUCACUAAAGAAGCAGCAGUGGUGGUUAAGGAGUCCAGACGAAUGAACACACUGACUGAAUUUGGACUGGGCUCAGACCGUUGUGGCCCAGAGAAUCAAAGCAAGCACUUCAUCCUCUGCCCUGAAACAGUAACUAUGAUACUCAUACAGUGCUGCCUUUGUCUCUAUCAUUGCCUACAGUGGGUGGGACUACUAAACACCAUCAAAGUUUUUCUCAUUACAUGCACGAUUGUUCCUUCGAUCACUAUGCACUAAUGGCAGGGCCUGUUCACCACUCAAAAACACUUUUUACACACAACACUCGGGGUCGGACGUAUAAUUACUUAAUGACGUCAUAGCCACAGCAGACCAUAGGAGUUCUCCUGGUGGCAGUCGUGGUCUAAUGGUAAAACUGUAGAGAGGAGUGGAUAAUGAAAAGAUUUAAGGCUUAAAUGUAUUUUUUCAUGUCUGACAGAGAAGCAACAGUACAUGACUCUGUAUAUAUAAGGGGGGAGGUGGGCGGGAGGAGAUUUCUGUAUAUAAAGGGCUGUGCAACCCUUCGCGCUUAAAAACCCCGAUGCACCUGCUUCUGCUCUUAAGACUGGGUCAGGUAUGGGACACUCUACCCUGAACUUGACUGAAAAGCUUUUCUUUGCAAAUGCGCUAUAACAACAAGCCCUUUGGCCUGAGGACAUUAACAUGUUCUGUGACCUUUUUGAGCCAAAUAAAAUAUAUGUAUACGUGUCA